GGGAGACCAGAUAUAGUGAAUUCAGGGUCCGGGGAGACCAGAUAUAGUGAAUGCAGGGCCCGGGGAGACCGGAUAUAGUGAAUGCAGGGUCCGGGGAGACCGGAUAUAGUGAAUGCAGGAUCUGGGGAGACCAGAUAUAGUGAAUGCAGGGUCCUGGGAGACCAGAUAUAGUGAAUGCAAGGGUCCGGGGAGAGUGGAUAUAGUGAAUGCAGGGUCUGGGGAGACCGGAUAUAGUGAAUGCAGGGUCCUGGGAGACCGGAUAUAGUGAAUGCAGGGUCCGGGGAGACCAGAUAUAGUGAAUGCAGGGUCCGGGGAGAGCGGAUAUAGUGAAUGCA